UGGCAGUUUGCCGUGCCUUGCCUUGCCUGCUGCUGAGAGCGUCUGCGUCAACCCUCAUCACCACUCACAUCUCCCUCCAAGUUGGCACACAGCCACGCAGCCAUCCAUCCAAUAUCCAACAGCUCCAACGCAUCACUUUUGCAUCCCUUCUUCACCAACAAAGCAAACAAACCAAACAAACCAAGCAAGAUGACGACAGCCGCAGCCAACGAGACAUUCACCCUGCGCCUUGACGACCCACAACCACAACCACAGCAACAGCUGGAGCAGGCUGCGUUUGCAGACAUGGACUUUUCCUUUCUUGACUUUGUGCCUGACGACACCCAAGCAGGCACGCAGCACACCACCACACAGCAACACCAACACCAACAGCAGCACCAACACCAACAGCAGCAAGUGAUGGAUGAUGUGGACUUGUUUGGUGGCCUGUUCACGCCACCUGGCAACAUGGACAUGUCAGCCACACCAACCUUCACCCUCCCUCUCCCAGAACAAACCACCACUGCAACAACAACAACAACAGCAACGGCGCAGCAGCAGCAGCAGCAGGUGGUGCCGCCGCUCACCGUGAACAUCCCAACCACACCAGCAACCUCUCAGCACUAUCACCACCAGCAGCUUGACCUGGACCUGCCAUCGCUGUGGACGCCCCCGCCCCAGGACCUCGUCGACCUGUCGUCCCUGCAUGAGCUGUUUGGCACAACCACCAACGACCACAACGAUGACAGCAACGGCUAUGCUGCCACCACCAACACCACUGCCACCACACUCCCCCAGUGCACGCGGCCGUCCUCCGUGCACAGCGACGAGCACAACGAUGACGGCAACGUGAGCGACGCUGCCAGCGACAUCAGCGGCAGCAGCCUGGCCACGAGCGCCGACACAGAGCACGAUGGCCCCGCCGCCAAGCGGGCAAAGCGGUCAACCACGGCGGCAGCGAGGACCGCGACGGCAUCGUCUGUGUCCAAGAAGGCGUCGCCCUCACCGAGCAGGAACACCGGCAGCAAGGGCGGCAGCCGUGGGCGCGGGCAUGCGCGUGCACGGUCGACAGAUUCCACGGACAGCGUCACUGCUGGCGAUGAGAGCACGGGCGACGAUGAGGAGGAGGACUAUUACGACGACAGCGACCCGCGCAACAGGCCCUUUGCCUCCCGCCUGCGUGCCAACACGCACAAGAGCCUGAGCGAGGAAGAAAAGCGGCUGCUGAAGCGGGAAGGCUUUGAGCUGCCAGAGGGGCGGGACCUGACGGAGAAGGAACGCAAGCAGCUUGGGGUUGUGCGGCGCAAGAUCAAGAACAAGAUCUCUGCCCAGGACAGUCGCAAGAAGAAGCGCAGAUACAUCAAACAACUCGAGAGCAAGUUGAAGAAGGAGACGACGGUGAAUGUGGACCUGAAGAACCGCGUGGACUUGCUGGAGAAGCAGAACACCACCCUGUACGAAAAGCUAAUGGAGCUCCAUGCGCACGUGCGUCGCCUCGCCACGUCUGGCGGGUCUGCCACCUCCGGCACCGCCCUUCUCCUCCUCGGGCUCUGCUUCUCGCUGUACAUGGCACCCUCAACCCCCUCCGCGCAAGCAGACCCGACAGCCAUGUACUUCAACACCCCAGCACCCACCCACGACCCCUCUGCAGCUGCAACGGCAACAGCUGAUGCUACCGCAGCAGCAGCAGCAUCCUCCUCCUCCGCUUUCCGUGCCCGCACGCUCCUGUCGUCCCCAUCGUCGUCGCUGGCGUGGCUGCCAGACACAGUGGCCACAGCAGCAGAUACCGUCACGCAGCACGCCAGGGAGCAGCGCAAGCCACGGGGCAUCGACGCAUACAUCUGGGAGCGGUUCACGGCGCUGGUGGCGGGCGGUGACGGUGACAGGGAUCGUGUCACGCCGGCCGGGCUGGGAACAGGAGGGGUUGUGGUGCAGGAGCUCGAUGACGACGACGAUGACGAUCACGUUCACGAUGAGAGCGACAAUGUUGUUGCUGAGGGUGGUCGUGGGCGUCAGCUGGACAAGCAGCGCCAGCAAUCACACGCAACAGCAGCGACGAGGAAGGCGAUGGGCAAUGACACGCUGGACACCCUCGACGAUGGCAUUGUUGUCAUCACGCCAGCAGCUGCAGCUCUGCACAGGGACCUGUGAUGUGUUUUCUGUAUCAUGUCGCGCAAUGUAUCCUGUGGCGUGAUGCAAUGGUCCGUUCUGGUUGUUAUUUCCCUUUUCUCUGUUGUUGCACCAUGUGUUAUUUUUUUUUGAGAGGCAGCCUUCUUGCUGCUGAUGUGAGGAGAGGGGUGUGCGUGGUGUUUUAAGCAGCCUAAUUCAUAGCGUUUCCCAUAAGUAAAAUGCUCAUUCAUUCAUCACCAAGUUUGAUUCAACAGCUGCUAUCUUCUCUGUGUUACAUUGGGUUGCGUGUGGUGUAUUGGAUGAUGGACCAAAAGCACACAAGGCAGCGAGCGAGCG